ACACACACACACACACACACCAGUUCACUCGAGUCUUCAGGGCUGGGCACUUUUGGUUGUUGGAUAGUUUGACGGACCAGUUGAGUCUGAGCAGUCGACGCGGUUGGUACGUGAAACUUUUCGUCCCUCCUCCACGUGUGGCUCUCGGCUGAUAUUUUAGUGCAGAACUUUGCAGGACAGGCGUCGAGCGUGAUCUCUCCAUUCGUGAUUCAAUCUGAUGGAUCAGCUCAGAUGAGUUUGACUACUACGUUUCGCCAUUUUCGCAUUUUCACAACUAAGGUGACUUGAUCAAAAGUGUGAGACAACUUGAAUUGAGAGAGAGACUCGUAGUGGCCGGCAUCUGCUCGAUCAUUUUCUGAUUUCUGGGCCCCCCCUUUCUUCUUCUUCUUCUGUGUGUGUCAGUGAGUGUUAAUAUCCAGUUUAAAAAAGAAAAAAAAAGAAAGAAAAGAAAACGAUGACUGACGUCAUAAUGGUGGAUGGCAGCGUCGGAGCUUCCAACAACAGCAAUUUACCUUUAAAUAUGAACAAUAGUGUGAUCAGCGUGACGAUGGCGGCCGCAGCGGCAGCAGCAGCAGCGGCUGGCGGUACAGGUACGACAUCACCGACGUUAGGUGGAACAUCGCCCGUCUCGGCCGCUGCUGCAGCCGCUGCCAUGAUGAUGAUGCAACCGCCAGCCUCUUGCUCUUCGUCUUCAUCCUCUUCGUCGUCAUCGACGUCGGCGGCCGCCAUAGCGGCAGCAGCAGCCGCCGCCGCCGCCAAUACGCAAAGUGUGGCCGAUUAUUUGGCCCAACUUCUCAAAGACAAGAAACAGUUGGCCGCUUUGCCUAACGUGUUUCAUCACGUCGAACGACUGCUCGACGAAGAAAUUGGAAAGGUGCGCGGCAAUUUGUUCCAAAUCAAUGGAACCGAAAAGAAACCGAUGGUUCUUCCCGAUGCUGUUGGCGCAGCCGUCAAUCUGUCUGAAAAAGUCUACGUUCCUGUCAAAGAAUUUCCAGAUUUCAAUUUUGUUGGACGCAUUUUGGGACCGCGCGGAAUGACGGCCAAACAACUCGAACAAGAAACCGGUUGCAAGAUUAUGGUCAGGGGUCGUGGGUCUAUGCGAGACAAGAAAAAGGAGGAACAGAAUCGGGGCAAACCGAAUUGGGAGCAUUUGAAUGACGAACUGCACGUCCUCAUCACGGUCGAGGAUACGGAGAACCGCGCCAAAGUCAAGCUGCAACGCGCCGUCGAUGAAAUCAGGAAACUUCUCGUGCCAGCCCAGGCGGACGGGGAAGACGAAUUGAAGAAACGCCAGCUAAUGGAAUUGGCCAUCAUCAAUGGCACGUAUCGGGACCCAUCGGCUAAACUCGGCCAACCUGGAGGAGGCGUGGCUGGAAAUGUUGUUAGUGGCGUUGGUGUUGGGGGUGGCAAAGGUGCCGAUCUGCUCAGCAUUUGGUUCUAUGAAACACAGAUGCUUCAGCAGUACGCGAGCCGUCCUCCUUCUCCCGCCAUCAAUUCGUAUGCGCCGCGUCUUUUGCAGCCGGGAGUCGGAUUGGGUUCGCCAGGCGGACUAAGAAAUCCUUCAGCCGGAGCCUCACAACUUGAAUAUUACUUCAAUCAAGCGUCUUCAAAAGAUUCGUGGAACGGUAUCGCUGGAGCACCGCUCAUUCUUUCACCGCGGGGAAUGCAACAUUCUUCGGCUGCAUCAUCGAUGGCAGCGCUUCUCAAUUCAGCUGCGUCGGGAGGACCGCCGCCGCUCAUCAGCGCCGCCGAUGCCGCUGCUGGAUUGCUUUAUUCGCCUUACGCUGCCGCCGCUGCUGCUGAAUAUUCCAAUUACGCUGCCGCUGCCGCCGCCGCCGCUGGUCUGUCGUCCCAACUGUUGGCUGAAUACCAGACGGGCGUGCCGUCUUCCAACGACGGCACCGCUGUGUAUUUUAAAACAUAAAACAUACUAAUGAAACACCGGCCGCUCCACUCUCCUCUGUCUGUGGCUGAUUGUAGGAGGCGCUAGUGGAAAGCUGAGACGCCAUCUGGGCUCGCAAGGGCGAGAGCAUCCUUACCAAAGGAACGACCUCAACUAACAAGCCAAUCAUCAACUACCACCCAAAAAAACAAAACCAAUCAAAAAACAAAACAAACAAAUCCAACCCAACCAUCCAGCAGUUGUCCCAGAUAUUCAGGCCAGGUGCGUUGCCUCUUCCAACCAAACCUUAACUUUUUAUUAGUACUAACCAUCUUUAUUGUUUUCUUUUUGUUUUUUUGUUUUUUGUUUUCUUUUGUUUUUUUUUUGUUCUUUUUUCUUUGCUUAAAACUAUUUUUCGUGAAUUGCAAUCAAAUUUGUACAUUCAAUCGAGUAUUCAGAAAUCGAGCCUCAAAAAGCUAGGACGUGUCUAUUUAAUGUCUAUGUUAUGCAUUCAUUAGCUAUGAUUUAGUGUGACUGGGGAACCAUUUCAUUGCUAAGAGCAAAAGUAUCGUGCAUGCGCUUCAAAUGCCAUCUGUUGGCAAUCACGCAUCGCAACAGACGCUCUUUUCUGCUAGUGGGUUUUUGUUUUUGCUCCUUUUGGAAGUGAAAUUGCGCUCCCCCCCAUCUUUCUUUUUUCUUUCUUUCUUUCUUUGUUAAGUCGACCAUUCGAUUGACGGCGUUUAACUAGACUCGAGUUCGCGUUUAGCAUUCGUUUCGACAAGCGCAGAAUCGAGACCGAUUUCCUUGUCUGUUCCCUGUUCCACAUUUGCGUUGCAGUAAACCGCGUCUUUGACAAAACAAACGAACAAGAAAUCCCCUUGUUAUUUGCAAGGUACUCGAUCGAGCAUAAUAAUGCAAGUUUCAUCCGUUUUUUUUUGUUGUUUUUCUUUCCUUAUCGAAAGCUGCUGCUUAGUUAAAGGGGUGAAUUUAUUGGCAAAGCGAAAAUUUGGCCUCAGCUAAUCGCUUUAGUGUGUAAGUCAUUAUUUCUCAUCUGAUUCGUAGCAUUUUUGUGCUUCAAUCAAACAGCAUUUACAAAAAAAAAAAACUGAAUUUUUGAUACACUUAGCUUCUCAACAGAAUUUUUUUAAUUAUUAUUAAUUUUUUUUUCAUUAAAAAUUAAGACCGAUCGAAAGAACACAUAAUUGAAACAGCAAAGUGUAUUUUUUUUUUUUUUUUUUUUGCAAUUUAAAUUUUUAAGUUUUGUAUCUUAUCCGAGUGUGGUGCUAUCUAUUUUUUUUUCCUUUCUCGUGUUUUUUCGUGUACAGUUUCAAAUCGCAUUUAAGUCAUCUAUUUUCUUUACGACGUUUUUUUUAUUAUUAUUAUUAUUAUUUUUUCUAUUUUUAUUAUUAUUAUUAUUUUAUUUUUUUACUUCUACCUUCAGUUAGCUCUGUAUCGCAUUCGAAUUCUUUGUUGAACCGAUUGAAUUUUUGUCCUCUUUUUUUUUUUCUCCCCGCGGGAACGAUUGUGUCUUGCGUGCCAUGAUUUGCAUAAAAAGAAAAACGCAACAACAUCCGAAAUACUUAGUGCCAAUAUUUUACUAUUAUAUAUAUAAUGAGUAUAUAUAUAUAUAUAUAUAAUUGUUUCAGCCAAAUACAGUGGUAUUGCCUUUCUAAAAAGAAA